CCGAGAGCCAUGGAGCCGUUGGCAAGACAGAAUUUCUCCCAAGAAUGCGAAGCUGCUAUUAACAAACAAAUCAACAUUGAAUUGGAAGCUAGUUAUGCUUACUUCGCAUUUUCGGCUUUCUACGACCAAGAUACAGUUGCGCUACCCAAGGUGGCUGAGUUCUUCCGAAAAAUGUCACAUGAAGAGAGAGAACACGCAGAAAAAUUUGCACACUACCAGAACCAACGUGGUGGUAGAGUGGUCUACCAGGAUAUCAAGAAACCCAGUAAAGUAACUUUCAGCAGCUUGCAGGAGGUAAUGGAGACCAGCUUGAAUAUGGAGAAGUCGGUGAAUGAAUCGCUUCUUCGAAUGCACCAUAUUGCUGGGGAGCACCGUGAUCCUGCGCUUCAAGACUUCAUUGAAACUGAAUUCUUGCAAGAGCAAGUCAAAUCAAUCAAAGAGUUUGCCGAUUAUGUCACCCAGACCAAGAGAAAUGGACCAAAUCUUGGCGAAUAUCUCUUUGAACGUCUCUCGUUGAAAGACUCACAUUAAUUUUUCAUUCCCCAAAUUUGUUCAUUACACAUUUCUAUAUAUUCA